AUGACGACCAAAGAAGACAAGUACAAGCAGGUCCCCUGCGAUGACGAACAGGACGGAGAUGAAUGGCUAUUCAAGGGGAAAGAUGUGGUGGAGCUGUUCAGAAAGUAUCGGCAACAAUUUAACGGUAAAAAACUCUCAUCUAAUUUUCAAGAAGUACUCGCCCAGUCGAACGUUCUCUUUAUGGUCCCUUAUCAACACAGCCAAAGAAAAGUGCGUGUCUUUGGUUGCCAGCUGAUUGACUCCUUACGCCAAGCCACCAUCGAUCGAUUCCUGGGCAAUUUUGAGGUGGAAUUCUCGGCGGAAGAAGUAUCGGAUGUGGCCACCAUUGUCUACAACGUUCAAACCGGCAAGAGAUCGAUCAUUGACGCUAAAAUGGAUUUCUGCGCGCAGCUAAAAAAAGCCGCUGCGGUGUGCGGCAUUGCAGAUCUUGUGCCUAAACUGCCUGCCAGAAAGCUUGUUAAUAUGGAGCGCCUUAACGCCACAGAACUGCAGUCAACUUACCUCGACCCCAUCUUGGCCUCUCUCUUGUCCGACCCCCAAAAGAAUAUUAUCUUGCACUGGACUCACGAGCUUUAUGAUAAUGUCGAACAGGAAUAUGUCGACAAUGAAAAGAAGUUUGAGAACUACCCUGGUGCUAUUAUGUCUACCAUUGAACAAUCGAGAUCUAAACUCGCUGUAGGCUAUGGGAUGCUAACCGGAGGAGCCGCAGAUCCGUUCUCACGGCACAGGGACACCAUUCGACUCGCCAAUCUGGCCAAAUAA